UAUAAAAAGCCAUUUGCGCAGAGUUCAUAUAGCUUCCAGGUCUCAGUCCUAAACUCAAUCCAAAAUGGGGAAGAUCAUCUUUUAUGAAGACAAAGGUUUCCAGGGUCGCUCUUAUGAGUGCAGUGCUGACUGCACUGACCUGUCUUCAUACUUCAACCGUUGCAACUCCAUCCGUGUAGAAAAUGGAAACUGGGUACUCUAUGAGCACCCCAACUACAAGGGCCACCAAUACUAUCUUAGGAGAGGAGAAUACCCUGACUUCCAGCAAUGGAUGGGUUUCAAUGACUCUAUCAGGUCUUGUCACUUAACACCUCAACACCGUGGCCCAUUCAUCAUUAGAGUUUAUGAGAAGGAAGAUUUCAAAGGUCAGAUGAUGGAGUUUACUGAAGACUGUCCCCAUGUGUUUGAGCAGUUCCAUUACCAUGACAUCCACUCUUGCAAUGUGCUUGAUGGCCAGUGGGUGUUUUAUGAGGAACCCAACUACAGAGGACGCCAAUACUACCUGAGACCUGGAGAGUACAGGAGAUACAACGAAUGGGGAGCUGCUAACUCUAGAGUUGGCUCAUUUAGACGAGUUCAGCACGUCUAUUAAGCAACUUACAAAUAUGCUGCAUCUAUGUUUUAUUUUCCAUCAUCACAAUAAAAAGAAGAUGCUGACUUA